CUUCUUCAACAAUCCCAGAAGAGUAAAAAACAAGAACCCAAUAAGAUCGUCUCUUUCUAAGAAUCUAUCAACUUUAUUCCUCAACUUAAGGAACUUGCUCCACAUAUACACAUACCCUAGAAAAUCAAGAUCCAAGCAGAGUCAUCGUAGAUAUAUACAUCCAUGGACCAGCCUUCUUUCGUUGAUACUUCUUUAGAUCUCACUAUUGGUGUUACUCGUAUGCGAGUUGAAGAAGAUACCACGACAAGUGCUUUGGUGGAUGAAUUAAACCGAGUAAGUGCUGAGAACAAGAAGCUCUCGGAGAUGCUAUCAUUGAUGUGUGAAAACUACAACGUCUUGAGGAAACAGCUGACGGAAUAUGUAAACAAGAGCAACAACAUGACCGAGAGAGACCAAACCAGUCCUCCCAAGAAACGCAAAUCUCCAGCGAGAGAUGACGCAGUUAGCUCUGCUGUUAUCUGUGGAGUGUCAGAGAGUAGCUCGACGGAUCAAGAUGAACAGUAUCUGUGCAAGAAGAAGCAGAGAGAAGAGACUGUUGUGAAGGAGAAAGUCUCAAGAGUUUAUUACAAGACCGAAGCUUCUGACACUACCCUUGUUGUGAAAGAUGGGUAUCAAUGGAGGAAAUAUGGACAGAAAGUGACCAGAGACAACCCCUUUCCAAGAGCUUACUUCAAAUGUGCUUGUGCUCCUAGCUGUUCUGUCAAAAAGAAGGUUCAGAGAAGUGUGGAGGAUCAGUCCAUGUUGGUAGCGACUUAUGAGGGUGAACAUAACCAUCCAAUGCCGUCGCAGAUCGAUUCAAACAGUGGCUUGAACCGCUACCUCUCUCUUGGUGGUCACACUGCACCAGCCAAGGGAAGUAGUAGUAGUUUGGCUGAGCCUGUGACUGAAUCCAAGAAAGUAACUAGCCCAUCAAGAAUGGAUAUUCCAGAAGUUCAGAAACUUUUGGUGGAGCAAAUGGCUUCUUCCUUGACCAAGGAUCCUAACUUCACAGCAGCAUUAGCAGCAGCUGUUACCGGGAGAUUGUAUCAACAGAACCAGACCGAAAAAUAGUUUUAGUUUAAAAUUCUAUUAGUGUUUUUAGAUUUGAAUAUGGCAUAUGAGACAAAGAGAGUAGCAUAGAUUUAUAAUCAAGAAAUUACUCCUAGUUUGACAACAAA